GCAGCAUCAGGAGCUGGAUUUGGGAUUGCCCUUAUAUUGAUGCUUUCCUUCAGGAAGAAACCAAUGAUCAGAAGAAUAAUGGGUUUGAUAAAGCAGGAGAGUGAACAUUACGAUGGCGAAAUGAAAAUCGAGGGACUCAUCUCUUUGAAAAGAUACACCUACAAAGACAUCAAAAGGAUGACCAACUCUUUCGAAGAAAAGUUAGGCCAAGGAGGCUAUGGCUGCGUGUACAAGGGCAAGCUUCGAGAUAGUCAACUUGUGGCGGUGAAGCUUCUAAAGAAGCUGACAGGUGAUGCAGAAGAAUUUUUCAAUGAAGUUGCGAGCAUAAGCAGGACUUCUCAUGUCAAUGUUGUCAACCUCCUGGGGUUUUGUUUAGAAGGAAGCAAAAGAGCGUUGGUUUAUGAGUUCAUGCCCAACGGAUCACUCGAAAAGUUCAUAUUCAGUAGGAGUAACACUUUGGAGGUAGAUCAACAAUUGAGUUGGGACACAUUGUACCAGAUUUCGCUUGGCAUAGCUCACGGGCUAGAGUACUUGCAUAGAGGAUGCAACACAAGGAUCUUGCACUUCGACAUAAAGCCUCACAAUAUUCUUCUUGAUGCAAACUAUUGUCCUAAGAUUUCCGACUUUGGUCUUGCCAAAAUAUGCCCAAGAGAAGAGAGCAUCGUGUCAAUGCUAGGUGCCCGGGGCACUACCGGAUACAUUGCUCCGGAGCUGAUCAUUAGGAACAUCGGAGGGGUUUCUCAUAAAUCGGAUGUCUAUAGUUAUGGCAUGAUGGUUCUGGAGAUGGUCGGUAGGAGGAAAAACAUUGAGGUCAUGGUAGAUCGUACUAGCGAAAUAUACUUUCCUCAUUGGGUCCACCGACGCUUGGAGCUCCAAGAAGAGCUUGGGCUACAUGGGAUCACAAAUGAGGAGGAAGAAGGAAUCGCGAAGAAGAUGAUUAUAAUAGCCUUAUGGUGAAUUCAGAUCGAUCCCAGAGCUCGACCAUCUAUGACCCAAGUUGUGGAGAUGCUAAAAGGAAGCGUUGAGGCCUUGCAAAUUCCUCCCAAACCAACCCUGUCAUCUCCCUCAAGAUUGCUCACGGCUUGUCCUUGUGAAAGUUCAUCUACGCGAGAGAGUAAUGACUCGAAUUUGGGUUAUUCAAUAUCAGUUAUAUCAAAUUGACAUAGUUUGUAAUAGAGUAUUAUUUAGAAAAAAAAAACAAUCGUGACUAUUGAACUGUUGACAAA